ACAGGACUUCCAGCCGUCCGCUUCGCCGCUAUUCAGGGUGCCGGGCCCCGGGUCGCGGCGGUGUGCGCGUGCGUGCGUGGGCGCGCGUGCGCGGCGCCGUACUCUGUGGGUUGGCUGGUUAUUUUGCAAGCGGGAGGGGCCGUGCGCGCUCCUGCCUUCGGCCUCUGUCCCCCAUCCCCCCUUCCCCGGUCCCGGUCUCUCCUUCGGAAAGAUGUCGGACACGGCAGUAGCUGACACUCGGCGCCUUAACUCGAAGCCGCAGGACCUGACUGACGCUUACGGACCGCCAAGUAACUUCCUGGAGAUCGACAUCUUUAACCCACAGACGGUGGGCGUGGGCCGCGCGCGCUUCACCACCUAUGAGGUUCGCAUGCGGACAAACCUACCUAUCUUCAAGCUGAAGGAGUCCUGUGUACGACGGCGCUACAGUGACUUCGAGUGGCUAAAAAAUGAGCUGGAGCGAGAUAGUAAGAUUGUAGUACCACCACUGCCUGGGAAAGCCUUGAAGCGGCAGCUCCCUUUUCGAGGAGACGAAGGGAUCUUUGAGGAGUCCUUUAUUGAAGAAAGGAGGCAGGGCCUCGAACAGUUUAUUAACAAAAUUGCUGGGCACCCACUGGCUCAGAACGAACGCUGCCUACACAUGUUCCUGCAGGAGGAGGCAAUUGACAGGAACUACGUCCCUGGGAAGGUGCGCCAGUAGGAGCCCCUCUCACCACUUGCCCUCUACUUUCCUGCUGAAAUGACAUUGGUUUUUACACUAAGCCUCUCUCUCUCUCUUUGAUCUGAAGUUGGCUCUCCAUCCCCUGGCCUGAUAGACUGUCUGGCAUUGUGUUCCUUGGUACCUGACUAUACCAUGGGCACUCUGCUAGGAUCCUCUCCUCUGAGGAGAGGUGGGAAACCACAGGCAGAUGCCCUUUGCUUGGGG